AAAUUUCAAGACAUUGAAGAAACACAUCUUCUUCAUAUGAAAGAGAUAAUAGAAUCAUUGUCAAAUACUAUAAAAGAAAUUCAUUUGCAAAUAGGAGAGGUGCAUGAAGAGUUUAUUAAUAACAUGACAAAUACUACAGUUGAGAGUUUAAUACAGAAAUUUGCUGAAUCAAAAGGAACUGGCAAGGAACGACCUGGCCCUAUUGAAUUUGAGGAAUGUAACACAUCUAGUGCAGUUGAAGGGAUAAAACCACGGAAGAGAAAACCUUUUGGUUUAUCAGGAAUAAUGAAAAAAGAAAAAGAUACUGAAUCUGUGGAAUGUCCAGAUGCAGACUCAGUUAAUAUUCCUGAUGUGGAUGAUGAAGGAUACAGUAUUAAACCAGAAGCAGCACAGAAUACCAAAGAGAACCAUUUCUAUUCAUCUAGUGAUUCUGACUCUGAAGAUGAUGAACCCAGGAGGUUCCAUGUAGAAAUAAAACCUGUACAGCCAAAUCAUAGUUCUCAGUGCACAAUGGCUUCUUUGGAUGAAUUAAAAGUAUCUAUAGGGAACAUUGCUCUUUCUCCAGCAAUAUCUCAGAGGCACAGUCCUGCACAAAUGAAUCGAAAUUCAUUCAGUGAAGAGUUAACGAAAUCAAAGCUUUCUGCUCCAACUAAUGAAAAGGGGAACAGUGACCUACUGGCAUGGGAUCCACUCUUUAGCAGUUCUCUUGAAUCUUCUUCAGCCUCCUUGGUGUUCUCAUCCUCCUCAGCAAGGCCCACAACUCCUCUUUCCAUAGGCACAAUUGUACCCCUUCCAAGGCCUGCUUCGAGACCAAAGUUGGCUACAGCAAAACUUAGUGGCAUUACUGAAAUACCCAGGCCGUUCAGCCCUCCCCUGACCUCUAACUCCAGUCCACUACCUGUGGUUCCCUUGGCACGAGCAGAGAGCAUCUCCUCAAUAUCUUCCUCCGCUUCCCUCAGUGCAGCAAACACCCCUACAGUUGGUAUCUCGUGUGGUCCCAGCCCCAUCAGCCUCAGAAACCAGGACACCCUGCCUGUUGCAGUAGCCCUCACUGAAUCUGUUAACGCCUACUUUAAAGGAGCAGACCCCACAAAGUGUAUUGUGAAGAUCACUGGUGAUAUGACAGUGUCAUUCCCAAGUGGAAUUAUUAAAGUUUUCACCAGCAACCCAUCUCCAGCUGUACUGUGCUUCAGGGUAAAAAACACAAGCAAACUGGAGCAGAUUCUUCCAAAUGCACAACUUGUAUACAGUGAUCAAUCACAAAGUGACUCCAGUACUAAGGAUUUCUGGAUGAACAUGCAAGCUAUAACUGUCUACCUCAAGAAAUUAUCACAGCAGAAUCCAUCUGCAUCCUAUUAUAAUGUGGAUGUUUUAAAAUAUCAGGUAUCUUCAAAUGGCAUCCAGUCCACUCCAUUGAAUCUUGCAACUUACUGGAAAUGCGACGCUAGCACUACUGACGUGAGAGUGGAUUACAAAUACAACCCUCAGUCCAUGACUGUGCCCAGCGUGCUGGUUAAUGUGCAGGUUGUGGUGCCUGUAGAUGGCGGAGUAACAAACAUGCAGUCACUGCCACCUGCAAAAUGGAAUGCAGACCAGAUGAAAGCUUACUGGAAAAUAUCCAGCAUUUCAGAGAAGUCCGAGAAUGGAGGUUCUGGAUCCCUCAGGGCCAAAUUUGAGCUCUCCGAAGGCCCCAGUAAGCCCGCCACCCUGGCCCUGCAGUUCCUGAGUGAGGGGAGCACCCUGUCUGGGGUGGACGUGGAGCUUGCAGGCACCGGCUACCAUCUCUCCCUGCUCAAGAAGAGAUUUGCCACUGGACGAUAUAUGGCAGACUGCUGAUGAACCUGUGAAGGUGAAUGGAUCAAAGGAGAACAAGUAGCUCACUCUACCCUCUCUACUUUUCAAACACUAUUUUAACAUGCAUUUUUUUUUAAUUUUUACUUACUUUAAGGCUGACUACAGAACAGAAAAUGCACUUUUAAAAGUCAUUUUGCAAACUUUUUAUUAUAAUAGCACUGAAGUGAAUUUCAACACUGUCUGUAAAUGAUCAACUGCAAUAUUUGGAAAAAAAUGUUAAAAUUUUAGUAAAUUUAUAUAUAGAUGAAAUCAAAAUAGUAAUCAUUAGUUCUAAUCAAAGUAUGAAAUUGUAUGUUAUACUGUAAACACUAAACCUAAAAAUGUAGAAG